CCCCCCACCCCCCCAGCGGAGGCGGCGAGCGGCGGGGGCGGGGGCAGCCGGGGGCGGCGCGCGGCGCUGGAACCUGAGCCGGGGGAGGAGAGUCGCGCGGCGCGGGCGGGCGGGCGCCGGGCGGCCGGGAUUCAGGAAGCGCCUCGCGGUCCCGGAGGCCGAGCAGCGCAGACGGGUCCCCGGACAGCAUGGCGGAUCCCAGCGGAGGCCCCCACGCAGGGCCCGGGGAGGUGGCUGAGACCCCCGGGGACGAGAGCGGGACCCCCGGGGCUGAGGCCUUCCCGCUCUCUUCUCUGGCCAACCUGUUUGAAGGGGAGGAUGGCUCCCCCUCCCCCUCCCCGGCUGACACCAGCCGCCCCGCUGGGCCAGGUGAUGGGCGACCAAAUCUGCGCAUGAAGUUCCAGGGUGCCUUCCGCAAGGGGGUGCCCAACCCCAUUGACCUGCUGGAGUCCACCCUGUAUGAGUCCUCGGUGGUGCCUGGACCCAAGAAGGCACCCAUGGACUCGCUCUUUGACUAUGGCACCUAUCGUCAUCACCCCAGUGACAACAGGCGGUGGAGGAAGAAGGUCAUCGAGAAGCAGCCGCAGAGCCCCAAAGCUCCUGCACCCCAGCCGCCCCCCAUCCUUAAAGUCUUCAACCGGCCUAUCCUCUUUGACAUCGUGUCCCGGGGCUCUACUACUGACCUGGAUGGGCUGCUUCCCUUCUUGCUGACCCACAAGAAGCGCCUGACUGACGAGGAGUUCCGGGAGCCGUCCACAGGGAAGACCUGUCUGCCCAAGGCCCUGCUGAAUCUGAGCAGUGGCCGUAAUGACACCAUCCCUGUGCUCCUGGACAUCGCCGAGCGGACAGGCAACAUGCGGGAGUUCAUCAACUCACCUUUCCGGGACAUCUACUACCGAGGCCAGACUGCCCUGCACAUCGCCAUCGAGCGCCGCUGCAAACACUACGUGGAGCUCCUGGUGGCCCAAGGAGCUGACGUCCAUGCCCAGGCCCGGGGGCGCUUCUUCCAGCCCAAGGACGAGGGAGGCUAUUUCUACUUUGGCGAGCUGCCCCUGUCGCUGGCCGCCUGCACCAACCAGCCCCACAUCGUCAACUACCUGACAGAGAACCCGCACAAGAAGGCGGACAUGCGGCGGCAGGACUCCCGCGGCAACACGGUGCUGCACGCGCUGGUGGCCAUCGCCGACAACACCCGUGAGAACACCAAGUUCGUCACCAAGAUGUACGACUUGCUGCUGCUCAAGUGUGCCCGCCUCUUCCCCGACAGCAAUCUGGAGGCCGUGCUCAACAACGAUGGGCUCUCGCCCCUCAUGAUGGCCGCCAAGACCGGCAAGAUUGGGGUCUUUCAGCACAUCAUUCGCCGGGAGGUGACAGACGAGGAUACGAGGCACCUGUCCCGCAAGUUCAAGGACUGGGCCUACGGGCCGGUGUAUUCCUCGCUGUAUGACCUCUCCUCCCUGGACACGUGUGGGGAAGAGGCCUCUGUGCUGGAGAUCCUGGUGUAUAACAGCAAGAUCGAGAACCGCCACGAGAUGCUGGCCGUGGAGCCCAUCAAUGAACUGCUGAGGGACAAGUGGCGCAAGUUCGGGGCUGUCUCCUUCUACAUCAACGUGGUCUCCUAUCUGUGCGCCAUGGUCAUCUUCACCCUCACUGCCUACUACCAGCCACUGGAGGGCACUCCUCCGUACCCUUACCGCACCACCGUGGACUACCUGAGGCUGGCGGGCGAGAUCAUCACGCUCUUGACCGGCAUCCUGUUCUUCUUUACCAAUAUCAAAGACUUGUUCAUGAAGAAAUGCCCGGGAGUGAAUUCUCUCUUCAUCGAUGGCUCCUUCCAGCUACUCUACUUCAUCUACUCUGUGCUAGUGAUUGUCUCAGCGGCCCUCUACCUGGCGGGAAUUGAAGCCUACCUGGCUGUCAUGGUCUUUGCCUUGGUCCUGGGCUGGAUGAACGCCCUUUACUUUACCCGCGGGCUGAAGCUGACGGGAACCUAUAGCAUCAUGAUCCAGAAGAUCCUCUUCAAAGACCUUUUCCGCUUCCUGCUGGUCUACUUGCUCUUCAUGAUUGGCUAUGCUUCAGCCCUGGUGUCCCUCCUGAACCCGUGCGCCAACAUGAAGGUGUGCGGCGAGGACCCCACCAACUGCACGGUGCCCACGUACCCGUCCUGCCGUGACAGCGAGACCUUCAGCACCUUCCUCCUGGACCUCUUCAAGCUGACCAUCGGCAUGGGUGACCUGGAGAUGCUGAGCAGCACCAAGUACCCCGUGGUCUUCAUCAUCCUGCUCGUCACUUACAUCAUCCUCACCUUCGUGCUACUUCUCAACAUGCUCAUUGCCCUCAUGGGGGAGACGGUGGGCCAGGUGUCCAAGGAGAGCAAGCACAUCUGGAAGCUGCAGUGGGCCACCACCAUUCUGGACAUCGAGCGUUCCUUCCCCGUGUUCCUGAGGAAGGCCUUCCGCUCUGGUGAGAUGGUGACCGUGGGCAAGAGCUCAGACGGCACCCCAGACCGCAGGUGGUGCUUCAGGGUGGACGAGGUGAACUGGUCUCACUGGAACCAGAACUUGGGCAUCAUCAAUGAGGACCCGGGCAAGAGCGAGAACUACCAGUACUAUGGUUUCUCGCACACCGUGGGCCGGCUCCGGAGGGAUCGGUGGUCCUCGGUGGUGCCGCGCGUGGUGGAGCUGAACAAGAACUCAAACCCAGACGACGUGGUGGUGCCUCUGGACAACAUGGGGACCCCCAGCUGCGACGGCCACCAGCAGAGUUACCCCCCCAAGUGGAGGACAGAUGCUGCUCCCCUCUAGGGGCUGUGGGCAGGGCAGGGUCUCUGGCCUGCCCUCCAGCCCCGUCCCCCCACCCACCUGUUUCUACUCCACCCGCAUUUCAGUGGUGCCUCCCAGGGCAUCCCCCACGUGCUCCCUUGACCCCCAGAGGCGAGGGCCGGGCGGAGAUGAAGGGGAGGCCCCAGGACCCUCUGGUCCCCAGGCUGCCGCCCCCCCCAGCUCUGCCUCCCCACCUGGGCCACCAGGCUCCUGGCUGCCUGUCUUACUCCCAUGGAGUCACAUAAGCCAAUGCCAGGGCCUCUCUGUCCCGGGGGGCCCCGACACCUGCCUCUCCAUUAUUUAUUUGCUCUGCACUCAGGAAAGUGGUGUGAUCCCUGCCCCCAAAUGGAACCUGGGCCGAGGCCUCAGGACCUCAUUCCAGGUCACUGCCGGCCAGCCCCCAGCCCCAGCCGGCGCCCUGGGCUGCGCACAGCACCCUGCGCAGCAGCGGGGUGGCUUUGCUGUGGGGCCGGGGCCCUAGGGCAUGGGGCCGCGCCUGCGGUGUGUUCUGUAAAGGGUCUGGGAUUUGUCGGUGCUCAAUAAAUGCGCAUUCACUGAUGGUGAAGAUGGUAGGGAUGAUGGUGGUGGGGGAGCGGUAAUGGGCGUGGGGAUGACAGUCACGAGGCGGGGGAGCUGAGAGAUGCUGGUGGGGGCGGGGAUGAGAAGGAGGAACAGUAGCAGUGACCAGGGUCGCGCGAGGGUGGCGGUUGGAAGCUGGGCUCUGGGCGGCGGCGGUAGCAUGAGCCUAAGGGACGUGGGCGAGCUGGAGAGGACGGAGACUUGCAGGGAAGGGGCGAGGAGUCACGCGGGCUGAGGGGGGGGGGUGGCGAUCAUGCUGGGCGGGAGAGGAAUGUUAGUAGGGGGAGAGAACGGAGGUGUGGGGAGAGUCAUGUUGGCAGGAAGGAAUAAUGGUGCAAUAGAGCAAUGCCGGCAGGGGAGAGUAAUGUUGGUGAGGGGAAAGUAAUGGUGGAGGAGUGUAAUACUGACGGGGAAGAGUAAUGUUGGUGUGGGAAAGUAAUGAUGAGGAAGAGGAAUGUUGGUGGGAAAGAGUAACAGUGGGAGAGAAAUGUUAGUUGGAAGCGUAAUGUGGGUGAGAAAGAGUGAUGGUGGGGAGAGAAAUAUUGGUGGAAAGUAAUAUUGGGGGGAGAAGUAGGAUUAGUUGGGGAGACUAAUGUUGGAGUGAAGACAAUGAUGAUGGUGGUUCUUUUUUCUCUCUUUAUAAGGGAGGAAACCUUUCCCCGAAUGACCUCCCCUCUUGUAUCAUUGGCCAGAAUAGGGUCAUGUGUCUCUUGCUUCAGCUGGUGGGAAGCAGCAGUGUCCUAAAGCAGAGGGACACUUGGAGAAAGAGUGUCCCCAGCCAGCAAUCCCUCUUGCCUGGGCGGGCCCACUAGGGUCUGCUUGCUACGGGGCUUUUUCCCCCGACGCCCAGCUGCACCUCAGCGGCUUUCUUCCAUCACUUGCCAAUCUCUGUAACAGAGAAAGCCUGAGGCUCAGGACCUCUGAAAGGCAGAGCUGGCGCCGGGGAUGGCAUUGGCUUCCCCUAGCCCACGGGGACCGAGAAUGGGGGACGCUUACCGCGGAAAGUUGCAAGGUUGGUACCUGUGCUAGACUGUGUCCACGGCCCCAAUUCCCCACUCUUCCCUUUGUCCGUGCCUUUGCGAGAUAACCUCAUGGUGUUCUCCCACUGUGGGCAAAGCGUAAUUUUGCAUCCCCGGCUUGGCUGUGAGAUCUGUUUUAAUCACCGCAUGCCAGUGGACAUGCCUGGGCUAGCCCCCCCGGGGAGGAGGAUGGGAGGAGAUCUGUGGAGCCUGGGUGAGAUCAGAGGAACCCCAAAGAUGCAUGAGAAGAAUGGGGUUUUUUAUGCCGAUGAGUUUUUGUGAUUUAAACAUCGCAAGCAUCGAUGUUAUGGCAAUAGCUAGCGGAUGCAGACUGUCCACUUGCGCCCCACGUUUUAGAUGAGGAACCCCAGGCUCAGAGAGGUGAAGACUCUUGCCCAGGGCACCUGGCUGGGGAUUUGAACCCAGGUGUUCUGUGCCCGCAGAGCCCAUCCUGGAGAGAAAACACUGAUCCCUGAGGGUGAGAGGUGACAAGGCCAGGUCACUUUUGCCCUGAAGACCCUGGCUGUCGCCUGCUGUCUUGGCUGAGCCCUGAGACUGUCGGCUCCCAUUUAGAACCCUCUCUCUCUUUGAACAUACCCCUAACUUUAUUCCAACCCGGAUUUCUUAUUAUGUGCGUGUAUGUGUAUUUAAUAAUGAUAAAGCACUUGUAUGUCAUAUUUGACAGGAGAGCUUUUUUCAUCUCAAGUUUAAAGCACUACUGGGAAAUAAUUAGUGCUACCAGAGUCAAAAACAAUGGGACCCCAUCAGAAAAGACAGUCUCAGAAACUCUCAGAUCUUAAUUGAACAAUUACCUCUUAUGCCUAUGAAUACUUCAUUAUUACAUGCCCUGUUAUUAUUAGCUGUUAUUAUUGUUUUAGAUGAAUGCUGGGGAUUUUUUAAAAAUCAAAAGCCAUUUUCAACCACACUGUUCAUCUCUCCGGAACGCACGCGUCUGACAUUUCCGAAUGCAAUGAUGCCGUAGCCGGCAGUCUCCACGCCUCGCCCAGACGACCGUGUGUUCUGAUCGUUUCAGUUGUUUGGACGGAGCCAUUAAAUACUCCAGGCCCCUGUUCCUACUGUUAUCAAUUUUUGGCUCCCUGGUGAAAGCAUUCGCAUGAGAAUCAAGCAGCCCCUACCUUUUAUUUUCUAGGAGUUCAAAGCCACCGUGGACAAUGGGGAGAUCUUUGUUCGCCCAAGCUUAUGAGUUGAAGAGUAGGGGUAGUGGUGGAGGCAGAGGACGGGAUGGAAGGGGUGCUGGCAGCGGAGACCCAAGCCCAGGGAGGGAGAGCGGGCUCGGCAUCUUCUGGUCUCAGGGGGAAUCCCAGAAAGGAGGAAGCAGGUGAACACGGAGUGUUAGGUGUUGUGCUCAGGGUUCUGCAUUCACGUCUCAGGAACCAUGUUUGGGAACUGACAGACAGGUGUUUGGUGCAUUUCCAGAAGUCACAUGCCCUCUUCUUUCUCCACAGCACCUGUUUAGUUCAGAGUUUCUUCACUCUGUUCUUCCGGUCAUGCGCUCCCCUGAGCCAACCACUGUGACUCUGUUUCCCUUACUAGGGAUUGGUAGAGGAAUGGCCAUGUGAACCAGUUCUGACCUAUAAGACAGAAGUCUGCUGAAGGAAGAGGGGGCUUCUGGGAAAAUGAGGGCAAUCCAGGAAGACACUGUCUUCUCCUUUGCUGGGCACUCUCAGGUCUGUGAUGCGAUGCCUGGAACUGCAGCACCCAUUUUGUGACCAUAAAGGGGUUUAGUGGAAUAGAAGGAUGAGAAAGGGUCUUCGAUGAUACCGUCGAGCUGCUGAAUUAACCAACCCUGGGGCCGCCCUACCUUAAGGCUUCUUAUGAUUCAGAUGAUCAUUUUUCUUUUUCAUUUAACAACCGAGUCAGGGUUUCUUGAUACUUUGCCCAAAUCAGAAUACAUUUUUAUCACAAUUUUACAGAUGAAGAAAGUGAGACCCCAUGAAGUGAACACCCUUGCCUAAGAACACGCAGCUUAGAUGUGGUGGAGUCAGGAUUUGCCCUCUCUGUCUUAGGAGGAGAACCCUUCUAGGAGGUUGGCGGGAUUUUUUUUUUUUCCUUAGUGUUUUGGCCUUUCCAGAGCAUGUGCACAUUCCAUUUCUCCAUGGUAACAUCUGUGAUGGCUUCUAGCAGGAAAGGACAGAGGAGUUUGGGUGGAAGUGGGUCUUGAAUCCAGGUGCCUAGAUCCAGGUGCUCAGUGACAUCAGAGAGGCCCGCUUGCUCUUAGCCCCCCUCGGUUUGGGACGCAUCCACUGGAUCCCACACAGCAGCCUUUGGCUGGAGCAGGGUGGGACUGCGGAUCCUGAAGAUUGGCCACCAGGGGCCGCUGUAGUCACACCCGGGGGCCUCCUCAGAGGAGGCCAGAGGGAACUUGGAAGCAGCCAAUUUAUUUGGAAAGAACCCCUAGCUGAGCUCCCCAUUGGGUAUGUCCCCAGGCUGUAAGACUCGGGAAGUCCCGCACCUCCCAACAACGAGAGAAGGAGAGAAGGUGGCCCAGAUCUGCCUGGGGAGAGUCUAGACCUAGCUGCUGUGUGCCCUCAGGCAAGUUGCCUUCCCUCUCUGAACCUCACUUCUGUCAUUUUCAAAAUAGGGGUACUCACUCCCACUUGUCGAAUGAAGUCUUCCCCUCUCUUCUUGGGGGUCCUUUCCCCUCUUUGGGCCUAGCUCAACACGGUGGACAAAGACCAACUAGGAUGUGGUGGCCCCAGAAUUGAGGCCCAAUGACUCCAGGCCAGGGUUGGAUUCCAGCCGUUGCUCUGCCACAAAUUCAUUAGGAGUCUUUGUGCUGCAACCGGGGAAACUGAGAUCCGCACAUCACCAGAGAGAAGGACUUACUCAGUUUCCCUAAAUGCAGUACAAGAGGUAGGACUCAGUAUUUCCUGAAGUAUUUGUUCUUUGGGAUAUUAGUGGAUAGAAACAAAAACUUAGGUAAUCAAAAAAGUUAGGGAGGGCACCUGGACAGCUCAGUCGGUUAAGCGUCAGACUCUUGGUUUUUGGCUCAGGCUCACAGUUCAUGAGUUCGAGCCCCGUGUUGGGCUCCACGCUGACCGUUCGAGCCUGCUUGGGAUUCUGUGUCUCUGCUUCUCCCUUGCUCGCGAAUGCGACUCUCUCCCUCUCUCUCAAAAAUAAAUAGGGGCUCGUGGGUGGCUCAGUCAGUUGAACAUCCAACUUCAGCUCAGGUCAUGGUCUCACAGUUUGUGGGUUCGAGCCCUGCGUCGGGCUCUGUGCUGACAGCUCAGAGCCCGGAGCCUGCUUCAGAAUCUGUGUCUCCCUCUCUCUCUCUGCCCCUCCCCUGCGCAUGCUCAGUCUCUCUCUCUCUCUCUCUCUC